GCACUUCCUAUUCCUCAUUCCAGUUUCGUCAGUUUUCCUGAGGCAUGUAUCCAAUCUUAUAUAAGCUACCAAGUCCGAACUUUAUGAAGGCAAACGAUUUUUCCUUGAAUUGUUAUCUCCCUAUUAGUGGUGUGUAGGGCUUCUUUAAGCUAUUUCCCAACCCCAACUCAUCAAAUCCUAGGAAAGCCAUGGGAUCAGCAGCUCAGAGCGUUUGUGUCACAGGAGCAUCUGGUUUUAUCGGAUCAUGGCUCGUCAUGAGGCUCCUGGAGAACGGCUAUGCGGUUAGAGCCACCGUGCGUGACCCUGAUAAUGUAAAGAAGGUGAAGCAUUUGCUUGAGCUGCCUAAAGCCGACUCCCACUUGACUUUGUGGAAGGCUGAUUUAUCUGAAGAGGGAAGCUUCGAUGCAGCAAUCCAAGGCUGCACUGGAGUGUUCCAUGUUGCCACUCCAAUGGAUUUUGAGUCCAAGGACCCCGAGAAUGAAGUGAUAAAGCCAACAAUAAAUGGAGUAUUGGACAUCAUGAAAGCAUGUGUCAAAGCAAAGACGGUCAGGAAGUUGGUAUUCACAUCGUCAGCUGGAACUGUCAAUGUUGAAGAACACCAGAAGCCUGUUUAUGAUGAAAGUAACUGGAGCGAUUUGGAAUUUGUCUACGCCGAGAAAAUGACUGGAUGGAUGUAUUUUGUCUCCAAGACUUUGGCUGAGCAAGCUGCUUGGAAGUUUGCUAAGGAGAACAACUUGGAUUUCAUCACUAUAAUCCCUACUCUUGUGAUUGGUCCAUUUCUUAUGCCAUCAAUGCCACCUAGCCUGAUAACUGGCCUUUCACCCAUCACCGGGAAUGAAGCUCAUUACACGAUUAUUAGGCAAGGCCAGUUUGUCCACUUGGAUGAUCUCUGCAUGGCUCACAUAUUCUUGUUCGAAAAUCCUAAAGCAGAGGGCCGCUACAUUUGCUCCUCCCAUGAAGCUACUAUUGCUGAACUUGCCAAAAUGCUAAGAGAAAAAUACCCAGAGUACAAUAUUCCUACAAAGUUCAAAGAUGCGGAUGAAAACUUGGCAAACGUAGUCUUCAGUUCCAAGAAGUUACUGGACUUGGGUUUCCAGUUUAAAUACAGUUUGGAGGACAUGUUUACAGGAGCCGUCGAGACAUGCCGGGAAAAGGGAUUGAUUCCUGCUCCUAUUAAGAAGGAUGCUGUCGAUGCCAAGGGUUGUACAACCCCUGUUCCUGUUGAAACGGCAGUCAAUGGCACAAGUUAGAAGAACAACAUCAAUUAUCUAACCAUGGAUGUCAUCAUGCUUAUGGCUUUCGUUUUGAUUGAUGAAAAUAAAAGAUUUUCCUCAAGAAUUGUGGAGUUUGUUCUUGCUCAUGUAUUGCAACUGGGGAAGGGGAGGGGGGGCCAAAUUAUGUAAAAUCUACCUCAUGAUUAUGAGUUUUGGAAGUGGUUGUACUUUCGGUAAUAUUGCUUAUGUUAUUUAUUCCA